UUAUGAGAGCUCCCAAAUCAUGCCAGGAAAAUGUACUGCACACCAUUACAGACUGACUAGAACUAUUCACUGUGGGAACACUGUUGUGCUUUCAUUUUUCCAACUACCUAUAAGAGUAAGCAAGAGUUUUGAGUAAGGAAAGAAAUAAAAAUCAAAACCUCACACCAGAACCUCCAAUAUAAGUUUAAAUAUAUACCAUAUACAACCAAAACAAAAAAAAAAAAAAUAUAUAUAUAUAUAUAUAUAUAUAAUUAAGGAUAUCAAUAAACUAUCAUAAAAGAUAACUAUACCGCUUAUAUUUGUACAUUUUGUCAUAAGUUACAUGGUAUAUGAAAUAGAUAAGAAAUAAUCCUACAUUUGUUGUGUAGGCAUACGGUGUAGAUUGUGUGCAGUAGAUGUCAGCAGUAAUUGCAUUAUGAAGCAUGAAAGGUAUUACAUAGUAAACUUAGGUGGAUUCAUUUUUAGUUUGCUGGAUAAUACCAUAUUGUACAGUACUGUAACAUUUGCAUUGGCCUUGUGCGCUGGCCCUCUGAUAUGUGCUUAUCAAUCAAAUAAGUGGUGCACCUAAAUGAAUUUCGCACGUUGUGUGUGAAUACAUAUUUUCACAAGUUCGAUGCGGCAUGUUGUACAUUCAGAACGUUAUGUUUAAUAGUAAAACCCCUCAGUUUCAGAAGUUUCGAGGUCUUCAGUGGGGAAUCAUUAUAUAGCACUGUGUUGUGGCAUGUAAAGUUAACAUCCUUCUUUCCACAUAAUAUUAGAAUACGAAACGCACAGUAAUACGUUUGGCCUUGCCCCAAUAUAAAAUUCCUUUAUUUUUGGAACACAAUAAAACAUUUGGUUAAAAUUGUGUAGGCUUCCUUUUGCCAUUGUGAUGCAGGAAUUUUACGCUGCUAAGGUACUGAUAUCUCAUUUAAACUGUACAGUGAUUUAUAUAGCUCGCUACUUUAUUAAUCGGUGCAUAAAUUAAUAUACCUAUUAAUCAUUAAGUGCUUACAUAAGAUAAAAUUGCUAGCUAAGUACCAAAGUUAUGUAGUUUGUCCCUGGUGUAGUACCGUAGCCAUUUUCUUGUCAGGAAAACGCCAAAGGAAAAGAAUAACAAGAGUCCUUUCAUGUGUGCUCGCGGGUGAAGAACGUCAUGACACUGCCCCAAAGAGAAUAUUGAACAAAACAAAUGACCUAUACAGGGGAAACUGCAUUGGUCGAUCUUGAUUGACAUCAUUAAAAAAUAUAUUUAAAAAAAACUACCAAACCAGCAAAACGUACAUUGGCAACACUGGAGUAGUGAUAUUUACCCCGCAGCAAGAAUAGUUUCUCAGUAAUAUUAGCAGCGUGAAUGCGUUCAGUCAGCCAGCAAGAAAAAUCUAAAUUCCAGCGUCGGGGAUCACUGUUUUGAUUUUCCAGGACAGACAAGAAGUGGAGGCGGUACAUAGCUUCAGACCAUCGAUGCGUUCUGUGCGCAGGGAAUGAAAGUUUUAGCUUGAAGGGAGAGUGAGAAUUCAAUGUAAACAUUCCUGCACCGUGAUGCUGAAUUCGGGCCAUAGCCGGUCAGAUAACGAUUUUAGGAGUAAGGCUUAGGAAAAAUUUUAAGGCUGGCUCACGAGAAAUUUAAUUUAAUAACGUUACUAGCUGACGUUAGCAAGGUAUGGCUGCAGUUUCGAGGCGUGCGUGGGUAGACUAGCUAGUCACAUUAGACGCGGACAUAGGCGAUAGCUUGCUUGCGUCCUUGCUAGGCAGGCUUGUUGUUUUCAUGUUUUUAGCUAAUUAAAAAAAAAAAAAAUUACAGAAACUGUGCAUUUUUCGUUAUUUACUUGUCUUUUUAGCUAUGCUAAACAGGCGUAUAGUGUACCGCUGGGAAAACGCACAGUGUUGCCGAAAUGAAGGAGAGAUGGGAAUGCAGCAUUCAGAACAAUAUUUGAUUUCCGUUGAUUUUCUGCUGCUACUAGAGUAGUUUUGUUAUAACCAAUAUAGUGAUGCUGUUUAGAAAUUGGUUGUAGAACAGGUAACGUUAGCCAAUUGUGUAUUUCUCCCUGACUAAUUUAGCCAGUUAGGGAGCCAACGCACGUAAUCUCCCUUGCUCACCGUUACGCACUGAAAGUGGGGACAGAUGCAAAGGAAAUCUAAAUAGAUGGCUAGCUAAAUUAAUAUACAAGUUAGCAUUAUGAAAAUAAUUUUCUUUCGGUCUGUUUUGAAUCAAUCUUAGCCUGUUCAUUUUCGCAGUUAGUUGCUUGUUGGCCAAAUACCAAGCCUGCUAGCACUAACUUAUCGGUUGUAUGUUUAAAACGCAUCAAGCUGUUUUAGUAUUAGCCACUGUUUUCAAAUAAAAUAGAUAAUACCUCCGAAAAUUCAUUUUGUUUAGCUAGCGCUUACUAACCACCUUUAGCUGUUGAAGUUUGGUCGAAAAUGUCUGAAAACGCCCCUACGCGAAGCUUGGAUGACAUAGACCUCGCAGCUUUGCGGGACCCAGCUGGGAUCUUCGAGCUGGUUGAGGUUGUGGGCAAUGGAACUUAUGGACAGGUGUACAAGGGUCGUCAUGUUAAGACCGGCCAGCUCGCUGCCAUCAAGGUGAUGGAUGUGACGGAGGAGGAGGAGGAGGAGAUCAAAGCGGAGAUCAACAUGCUGAAGAAGUACAGCCACCACCGCAACAUCGCCACCUACUACGGGGCCUUCGUCAAGAAGAGCCCCCCCGGGCACGAUGACCAGCUCUGGCUGGUGAUGGAGUUCUGUGGGGCUGGCUCCGUCACAGACCUGGUGAAGAACACCAAGGGGAACUCCCUGAAGGAGGACUGGAUCGCCUACAUCUGCAGAGAGAUCCUGAGGGGCCUCUCUCACCUCCACGCCCACAAGGUCAUUCACCGGGACAUUAAGGGUCAGAAUGUGCUGCUUACUGAAAAUGCAGAGGUCAAACUGGUGGAUUUUGGGGUGAGCGCACAGCUGGACAGGACCGUGGGGCGCAGGAACACCUUCAUCGGCACGCCCUACUGGAUGGCUCCGGAGGUCAUAGCCUGCGACGAGAACCCCGACUCCACCUACGACUUCAGGAGUGAUAUCUGGUCUCUGGGGAUCACAGCAAUAGAGAUGGCUGAGGGAGCUCCACCGCUGUGCGACAUGCACCCAAUGAGAGCUCUCUUCCUCAUCCCACGGAACCCGCCUCCUAAACUCAAAUCCAAGAAAUGGUCUAAGAAGUUCAUAGACUUCAUAGAGGGGUGCCUGGUGAAGACGUACCCCAGCCGACCCUCCACCGAGCAGCUGCUGAAGCACUCCUUCAUCCGGGACCAGCCCACCGAGAGGCAGGUCCGCAUCCAGCUCAAGGACCACAUCGACCGCACCCGCAAGAAGAGGGGAGAGAAAGAGGAAACUGAGUAUGAAUACAGUGGCAGUGAAGAGGAGGAUGAGAACAGAGGGGAUGAGAGAGAGUCAAGCUCCAUCCUGAACGUGCCGGGCGAGUCGACUCUGAGGCGGGACUUCCUGCGCCUGCAGCAGGAGAACAAGGAGCGGUCGGAGGCCCUGCGGAGGCAGCAGGCCCAGCUGGCGGCUCAGCGCCGCGACCCCGAGGAGCACAAGAGGCAGCUGCUGCACGACCGGCAGAAGCGCAUCGAGGAGCAGAAGGAGCAGCGGCGCCGCCUGGAGGAGCAACAGAGGAAGGAGCGCGAGAUGGUGAGACAGCAGGAGAAAGGCCCCCACCGCCGAAUGGAUGAUCUCAGGAGGGAGGAGGAUCGGAGGAUGGCUGAGAGGGAGCAGGAGUUCAUAAGACAUAAAUUGGAAGAAGAGCAGCGGCAGUUAGAAAUUCUGCAGCAGCAGCUGCUUCAGGAACAGGCCCUGCUCAUGGAGUACAAGCGCAAGCAGCUGGAGGAGCAGCGGCAGUCGGAGCGGCUGCAGAGGCAGCUGCAGCAGGAGCAUGCGUACCUGGUCUCACUGCAGCAGCAGCAGCAGCAGCAACAGCAACAGCAGCAGCAGGACAAGAAGCCGCAGCUCUACCACUAUGGCAAGAACCUGGAGCCCAACAACAAGCCCGCCUGGGCCCGAGAGGUGGAGGAACGUACUAAGCUCAACAGACAGGGUUCCCCCAAGAUUUGCUCCACCGUUUCAGACACUGCCAUCCAAUCACGAUCUGAUUCUAUCUGCCAAUCAGGCAUCGGGCAAGCCGCCCAAACCCCACCCAUGCAGAGGCCUGUCGAACCACAGGGUGGGCAGGGCAAGUUCCAGAUGGCCCACCUGGUCCCCCUAAAGCCCUACGCCGCCCCCGUCCCACGCUCCCAAUCCCUGUGCGACCAGCCCACUAAGAACAUGUCUGCGUUCCCCACCCAGGACCCCACCCCCACCCCCCGCUCCAUCCCCUCUAGGGAACUCGUCCGCCAGAACUCUGACCCCACCUCCGAGAGCCCCGCCCCCCAGGCCUGGCCAAUCAAGGAUGACCGUGGGCCUUGGAUCCGCCUGCAGGAGCUGGAGCAGCCACCCAAGGUGCCGCAGAGGACGACCUCCAUUGCAACAGCGCUGAACACCAACCUGUCAUCUGGCAUCAGGCACCCAGUGAGAGCCAGUAACCCUGACCUGAGCCGCAAUGAUCGCUGGGAGAGAGGGGACAGUCUGAGCGUGGUGGCCAACCUGCCUCAGACCGGCUCCCUGGAGAGGCACCGGAUACUCAGCUCCUCGAAAAUGGACUCCCCUCCCAUCCUGCACCAGGAAGGACGGCACAAACCAGGGGACUCGCGCACCUCCAGCCGGCCCAGCCGCCCCGCGAGUUAUAAGAGAGCUAUAGGAGAGGACCAUGGUCUUUACGCUAAGGAGCGUCCGGAGGAGCCCCCAAGACCCCCGGCCAAGGCCAAUGACUACUCCUCCUCCUCCGACAGCAGCGAGAGCAGUGAGGAGAGCGAGAGUGGAGAGGGAGCAGAGGAGGACCAGAGCCCCUCUGACCGCCCUCGGGAAGCAGACACAGACUCGGUAAACACCAUGGUGGUUCAUGAGGAGGAGGGAGAGGGAGGAGAGGAGCAGCAGGCUGGGGGCUAUGGGGACCAAACCAUGCUGGUGCAGAGGACCCCGGAGAAGCGCAACCACAACAGUUACACAAACCGGGCAGUGCUGACCUCACACACUCUCUUUCAGUAUCAGUCUAGGGGAUUGGUCAAAGCAUCCGGUAAAUCUUCCUUCACUACCUUUGUUGAUCUUGGGAUGUACCAAACACCAGGAGGGGCGGGAGAGCCCAUCAGUGCAGCAGGCUUGGGCUCCAGGUUCGAGCAGCUGAAGCUGGAGGUGAGGAAAGGCUCGAUGGUGAACGUGAACCCGACCAACACCCGCCCCCACAGCGACACCCCCGAGAUCCGCAAGUACAAGAAGAGGUUCAACUCCGAGAUCCUGUGCGCUGCUCUGUGGGGGGUGAAUCUACUGGUGGGUACUGAAAACGGGCUAAAGCUGCUGGACCGCAGUGGACAGGGGAAGGUGUACCCCCUCAUCAACUCCCGCCGGUUCCAGCAGAUGGACGUCCUGGAGGGGCUCAACCUGCUCAUCACCAUAUCAGGUAAGAAGAACAAGGUGCGCGUGUACUACCUGGCCUGGCUACGCAACAAGAUCCUGCACAAUGACCCUGAGGUGGAGAAGAAGCAAGGCUGGACCACUGUGGGGGAGAUGGAGGGGUGUGUGCACUACAAAGUGGUGAAAUACGAGAGAAUCAAGUUCCUGGUGAUCGCUCUGAAGAAUGCAGUGGAGGUGUAUGCCUGGGCUCCUAAGCCUUAUCAUAAGUUCAUGGCUUUCAAGUCCUUUGGUGACCUGCCACACAGGCCUCAGCUGGUUGACCUGACAGUAGAGGAGGGUCAGAGGUUAAAGGUCAUUUAUGGGUCCAGCGCAGGGUUCCACGCCAUUGACGUGGACUCAGGAAACAACUAUGAUAUCUACAUCCCUGUACACAUCCAGAGCCAGGUGAUGCCCCACGCCAUCGUGUUCCUGCCCAGCUCGGACGGCAUGGAGAUGCUGCUCUGCUACGAGGACGAGGGCGUCUACGUCAACACCUACGGGCGCAUCAUCAAGGACGUGGUGCUGCAGUGGGGCGAGAUGCCCACCUCUGUCGCUCAUAUCUGCUCCAAUCAGAUCAUGGGCUGGGGGGAGAAAGCCAUAGAGAUCCGCUCUGUGGAGACCGGCCACCUGGAUGGAGUCUUCAUGCACAAGAGAGCCCAGAGACUCAAGUUCCUGUGUGAGAGAAAUGACAAGGUGUUCUUUGCCUCCGUGCGUUCUGGGGGCAGCAGCCAGGUCUACUUCAUGACUUUGAACAGGAACUGCAUCAUGAACUGGUGAAGCGGAGGCGGCCGCGUCCCCCUGUCUGUCUGUGCGAUCGUCCGUGUGUCUGUCUGCCUGGCUGAGAGAACGGGCUCCCUCCUCCCUGCGUAGGAGAGCGAGGUGGGGGGGCGGGGGGGCCGAGGUGCACACAGAGGGAAUCACCCCCGUCUUACACCCAUUGUCUCCUGAGCUCCUCGUCUCUCUCAUCCGAUUUCAGCGUGCUGUCUCCGUACCCCAAUGGCCAACUCAGGCUCUCUGUCCGACCGAGGCACCUCGCCACUGAACAAUUCGCAUUCUCUGUUCAUAUUGUCCACCACCUUGAUCGAUGGAAAGCCAAAAUAUUACACAAAGCACAAAUACAGUUGUACAUAUUUCUGUCAUGUUGUACCUCUGAUGUGUUACUUCCACGGUUGGGCACCUGGUUACUUAAAUGUUUAUAAUAUUCCUGUUCUUCAUUUGGUCCAAGACCCACAGCAUCUUUCAGAACGAUUGUUUUUGGUUAGCGAAACAGAGAUGUGGAGACAUGCUUAGAGGCACAAUGUUACAAACAUUUUCAGAAAAGGCAAGCCUGUCAUGAGGUUGCCCUAGCAUAGAGGAAAUGGCCUUGAAGUGUCUGGCAGUGGGUCCCCCUACUGAUGUGGAGUAUCAUAGCAAAGUGGCUAAUGUUCUUCAGCAUCUUUGGUAAUAGCUGAAACUGCAGAAGGGCAUGUGCUUCACGGUUGAGUGUUUUUUUCAUAUAUAUUUUGUUUGUACUGAAUGUUCAGUAUUAUGAUCUGUUGGGUAAAUGGAAGAAAUUUCCCUAUGAAACCAAUUUGUGCUCACAGACGGGGAAAUUGCAAAGGGAGCUCUUUACUGCAAUAAAUGCAGAUCGUCCGUGCACUGCAUGGAGCCUUGCGUGUCAGAUGGACCAGCUGGGUUAUUUUAUUGCAUUGUUUGUUUCUGUGAGAAUAAGAGGUCAGAGGAAUAUCAGUAAUAAAUAGUUUAUUCAUUGAGACUUUUUCUAGUUAAUUUUAUCUGUAAAUAUCUUGAGAUUACCUAUUACACUAUAGCUGUAUUCGUUAUUAUCCGUUGUGAGUUUAUGUAGUUUGAAGAGGGCGUUUAUGUUCAGCUAUUUUAUUGUUGGCUUCAGGGUUGAAGUUUGAGACUGACGUGAAGAGUGACACAGGAGGCCUGGCAGUAAGGUGGGAAUCAUGGGAUUUUUGGAAACGAAAUGCGCUUCGGAGGGAAUUCACGCUAAAUCAGAAUUAAACUUAAUUGCUCAGCCCUGCCCUCUGCACAGCGUGUAGCUGUAGGGAAAAGCAUAACCCUUUUGAAAAUGCAUUCACAGUGCAGUGUUUACUGACUGUGCCUGGGUGAGAGCUGGAGUUCUGGGGGCUCAGUGGGGUUUGUUGUGGAGUAACGAGGCUGUGGCCAUUAGGGUUGGGUCGGUUUCCGGUUUUGCCGGUCCGGUCCGGUGUACGAGCUUAAACCGGUUUGAUUUUAUGCGAACCGACUGAACCGGCAUUUGUCAUUAUGGGAGGUUCUGGCAAAUGAAAAAGUAGCCUACAUCAGCAACCUUUGCCAACGGCGCUAAAGCCAGUUUGUAUUGCAUUAGUAAUAAGCAAUAUGACAACGUGAUUAAUAUAAUAUUAUGUGUGUUUAUAAACGGAGCCACUAGUGUCUGAGAUUGACAGGCCGUGCGCAAUUUAGUGGCCAGCAACAAGGAGAUCAAAUUUCAGUAGACCACGACAUUUAUUUUGCCUUUUUGUAUAGCCAUUUCCGUGGAUAAAAUCGCAUUUAUUAUUAUUAUUUUAUGUUAAAAACAUUUAAUUUAUAUCCAGGGAGAUAGUCAACUAGCAAGUUAGAUGACAUGUUUAGCCAUUUACUAAUACCAUCGCUGGAAAAUAAACCUUUAAACCAGAGAAAUUGCUGAGUUGUCUUAGAAUCUUUAUCGCAACAGGAUGUAUCAUGGCUGGCAGAGUCCGCAUAGCAACGGAGGCUGUUAUGAAACGUUAACUACAUCACAUAACAGCCGUUUUAGAAUGUCAUUGCCUCACCCGGGUCAUUUUUGCAGCUGGGAUCAAAAUUGGCGUUACAGUUCCACUCAGGAGCGGCUGAGUCACGUGCGACACCUACUGGUAAAAUUACCGGUCCGGUCCGGUUCGGUCCGGUCCGGUAUUUGGCUUAAUAUCAAACCGGUUUGAAAUUUUUUACAUCGGCCCAACCCUAGUGGCCAUGCAGUGUCUCACCCUGUGGUGACACUGCGCUGGCUGUGACCGCUCUGCAGUUUGCUUGCUAUGAGAGGACAGCUUAGUGGGCUUUUAGUGGGGUUUACACUUCAAACACUUUUAUUUCAGAAUAUUUAUUAGGAUAUAUGGCAAAAAUAUAUAUGGUCAAAGUGUGUGUGUGAGUGAGUGUGUGUGAUAUAUACUGACAAGCAUAUGUCUGCAUUCUUAUUAACUAUAUGUAUUGUUUUCCAAACCAAAGUUGAAAAUAUCAUAUAUACUUUCAUUUCAUUUUAUUUAAGUUUUUCUUUUUUUUUGCUUGGGGGACUUUUUAAAUAUGACAUUGUGUCUUUUUAUAGAAUAUUUAUGUCUUAACUAGAAGCACUUGAAUCAUACCCGUGCCUAACGUGAAUAAACAGCACAGAAUGGAUUGUAAAAUUACAUAUUUAGCACUUUUUUCCAUUAGUAUUUAAUUUGCGCUUAUCUUGUUGAGCACAAAUAUUCUGUGGCACCGAAGCAAUAUUAUGCUUAAAGUAUCAUCCGGAUCUUCUCUAUCAGAUGUGUUCUUAUAAAAUGGGAUCAUCACAGGAAGCAAAGGAGAGUGGUCUUCAGGGUUGAUAAAAUUGGGAUGGGACAUAGGUGUCUUCACAUUUCAUAUUUUAAUCUGAGGUGCUCUGGAAAAUAUGGAAUAUAUUGAUGAAAAAAAAAUGUACAUUUUACUUUAUCUGUUGGAUACCAUCUAAUUUCCAUCUCAAAUGUGACAACAGCAGCAUCUUAUCCCCAGUUAUACCAUGGUCUAGGUGAAUAUGUGGUUCUGAUUGGCUGGAAGAUGCAAGUUAAAAACUGAUAACUGCACAACUGUGGCAAGUAGGUCCAGUCAAACGGUCUGAUCACCGUUCUAAAUUCAUACGCCGGCUACCGUUGAUACAAGGUCAACUUGUGAUUGCAGAAGCUGAAAUGUAUGAUAAAGAACACUUAUUUUACACUAAUUACAUCCACACUUAAACUAGCUAAGCAGCUUGGUGUGUAUAAGUGCCAUAUUUAUUCAGUUUGGUGAGUGUCCACAAAGUAUGAUAUGUUAAGGUAGACUAUAUGACCGAAUGUAUGUGGACUCCCCUUGGCUGUUUUUUUUGGUUUGGGCUAGGCCCCUUAGUUCCAUUGAAGGCAUAUAUUAAAGCGACAGCAUACAAUUAUAUUCUAGACAAUUCUGUUCUUCCCCAGCAGUUUGGGGAAGGCCCUUUUCCUGUUUCAGCAUGACAAUGCCCCCUAGCACACAGUGAGGUCCAUUUAGAAAUUGUUUUGUUGAGAACGGUGUAGAAGAACUUGACUGGCCUGCGCAGAGCCCUGACCUCAACGCCAUCCAAAACGUUUGGGAUCCGUUUGAAAGCCAACUGUGAGCCAGGCUUAAUCGCCCAAUCAGUGCCUGACCCCACUAAUGCGCUUCUGGCUGAAUGGAAGUAAAUCCCUGCAGCAAUGCUCCAACAUCUAGUAUAUCCCUGUAUAAAGCCUUAGGCUAAAGCCUUCCCAGAAGCGUGGAGGUUGUUAUAGCAGCAAAGGGUGGACCAACUCUAUAUUAAUGCCCAUAAUUUUGUAUGAGAUGUUGGAUGCCAGGUGUCCACAUACUUUUGGCCAUGUAGUGUAUGUUGGCUCCCGUCUCAUCACAUCGAAUGAAGACAGCUUCCCUACAAUUCUGCUACAAAAGUAUGCUUGCAGUUUUGAAGCAAAUUGAGUAUAUGGCUAGCUAACUAUCCAUGAUGGAAAACAUACUGAGACCGUUUUGACCCAAGAUCAAAUAUAAUUUAAAGUUAUGCGAGUGACAGUGAACCUAGCAUGGUGGCUUGCUACCUGACCAGAAUGAGCAGGAGUAACAUGAGCUUGUGGUUGCUAGGUCAUAUCUAUGUGUAUCUGUUUUGCUUAACAUUUUUUUGAAUACAAAACAUUCAACAAGAUAAAGUGAAUGUUCAUUUAAAGUUUUUGCAAGUGACCAUGGUGUAAUGGGAUAAUCUACUUGCCCUGGAGGCCUUGGCACAAAUGUUCUUUUAGUGACACUAUUACAACAUUAUAGUAGAUAAUCUAGCAAUCACCAAAUGGUUCUGUUUCUGUGACUAAACAUCAGAAGACUGAAAACUGGAAUUGUUAGUUACAUUUCAUAGGAUGUAAUAACAGUAUUUUAAAAAUAACAAAAAAAAUCUGCUUCUAGUUUUGUUUUUUAUCCAGUACAUGUUUAUUUACAUGUGGGUGCAUAUGUCUGAAUGUAUUCUUGUUUUAAAUUCUGUAAUGAAGUAGUAUUCCACACUCAAUCAGAUCUUAUUUGCAGUUAUUAUCCUGAAUGUAUUGCAUUGGACAUAAUGUGCAGUAGUAAAUUUAUUAAGAAAUGGUCAUAUACACCUGUUUGAUGCUGAUCUUUGCCAGUAAGUUGCACAGAUAACGUGCAACUGUAUCCAUAUUUCAGUUUACCUUAAACUCCACCCUAAUCUCAGUUAGCCAUAGUGAUUUGUGUUUAUGAGUUUGUCCAGACUGCCAGGUUUAUAGUUAAUGCAGUGCCUUGGAAUGGGAGUAUCAUAAAGUGCACUUUAUCUGAUAAAAAAAACUGGCAGGCACAAACCUGUGUUUAUAAUGCUCAGCAUAAAUUCAGAGAUCAAUAAUUAGCACAUAUUAACACUCCUGAGCUAUGAGGCUUUCCUCAGAUGAAGUUCACAUUUAUCACACAACACAUCUUGGUUUAUGGGAGUUUUGUAACAUCAGAAAUGGAAGAGGUAUAAAGGAUUGUGCGGGGAUUGAUUCAGGCAAUAUCAAUUUGUCAAAAUUCAUUGUUGUUUCAACUAUAAAUCAUAGAUGUUUUUAGUCCACGUUCUGGGAGUAUACGUGUGUAUUUGUGUGCAGGGCAACCUGCAACAGCCAGUUAUGGUGGGAUGCUCUGCUGUAGAAAGGGGCUGGUUCCUGCUGAAAAUGUACUAAUAUAUGUUUUUUGCUUAGAGCAGCCUUGAACUCUGCUGUUGUGGCGUCAUGUUAAGUGUAAUUUCCCUAAGAUGCCAGCAGAGGGCAACAAACAUGCAGGGACAGUGGAUGCGGUCUAUUUUGUGGAAGAAAGCAAUGUUGCACUAACACUGCCUAGCAAUGGUAGUGCAAACCAUAACCAGUCAACGUAAGCCAUAAUGUGAUUUGCAUUUGUGUUUGGGUGAAAACCAGGGGAGGUUUGACACAGGGUCUUAUUGUUUGAUUUUGAGUAUUUAUCAGAUCUAACAGGCAUGGUUGAAAUAGAGUGGAUAUUUAAAGAAAAUAAAAUUACAAAGGAAGAAAAGUGUGCAAGGAUUUAAAUUUGAGAUGCAUUCUUAGAGGUGAUGUGACCAAUAUUUUCGGUUUUAAAUUUGUUCAUUAUUGGUGGCUGAUUGCUUGUGAUUUGAACUCAACAGAUUUCUAAAUGAGGCCAGUUUUUUCGUAAGUUUAUAAAGAAUUUUAAAGUUCUUUUUUAUUACCAUUGGUGCAUUACAGUAAAUAUGGGAUAGGCAAUUUAUUUGAGGCAGUUUUAUUGUGUAGAUUUAGGUCUACAUGAUGGUGUGUGUGUGUGUUUACGUGCAUGUAUGUGUGUUCACAUAUCCUGUGCUUCAGAUUUUAGUGCAGAUUGGUCUUGGAGUAAGCAGAUGCUUGACUAAAACCGAUAACUUUCCCCUUAUGUGUUCAGAUCUAAAAAAAUAUGUCAGGCCUGCUAAUUAUGAAUGGUUUGUUGUACAAUAUUUUAAAGGGUGACUGGGUUGGGAGACACGAGGGGCAGUUUACAAUAUGUUCAACUGGGACUUCCCCGGGAACAACUUUCAUUCAAGUGUAUACAUGUGUGUUUUAAAACUCGCAUAGUUUUAGGGAACUAAGUGUGUUACUGUUGUCACAGGUUAGCUGAGCCUAAGAUUCGAUAGCUCCUUUAAUCUUCGCUUAAUCUCCCAUUAAGAGGUAAAUUCACUCUGUGGUUCCCAGAUCUCCGUUCUGUAGUUUCAAAUUGUUACAGAAAGCAUAUGUACACUUGUAUUGCACUGAAUGUAAUGUACAGUAAUGUAACCAUAACAAGCUGCCUGAUUUUGUGUGAAUUGUACUCUCACACACAGCAUUGGGAGAAUCAAAACUGUUAAGUAGUCAACCAGGAUUGCUGCACACAGGUGAAUCCCCGGCUGUUUAGAUUUUUAAAUGCAAGCACACUCUGACAAUGCCAGCAGGUCGUACACUGCAAACAUAAAUAGUAAGGUGUAGUUUAUAGUUCCCUAACAGCAAUAUGACUGUCAUAUGAUGCUUAAACACUUAUUUCUCAUUUCAAGUACUCUUCAGAGGGUUGAAAGCAAUCUCACUCUAAAUUUUCAAAAUAUUUGCAUGAAUAUAUUCUUGGGCUAAGAAUUUGUGCAUACUGUACGUCCCCGUGAAUGGCAGUUGUGCAUUUGAACAGCGGCCUUGCUGAUAUGAAUGUAAAUCAGUGUCUGUCCCCAGCCCCAUAUCCCGUAGUCCUGAACUUAUAUUCAGAAAAUUUAUGAACUCUUAUUCUGCUGCUUAUUCACAAAACAUCAGGGGGCACUGGUCCCUCUAGUCUAUGAAAAAGACCACUUAAUGUUCCUCUAAUCAAACUCAUGUUUACACAUUAACUUUCCCCCAACAUAGCAAUCUGAAAAAGAGUGCAUGCUUUUUUUUCCCCCAAAUCCAUAUCUGUUGCAUUUGCGGAUUAAUUUAGCUAAAUCAGUGUGCCCCUACAGCUAGAGUUAUAUUUCAAUAUAGUAUUUGAGUCUUUGCCUCCCAAUUUUCUUUCUUCAAAUAAAAUGACUUUGGGGUUGUUAGGAUCUGAGGUUGUGUUCACAAAAUAAUCUCAGUGGCGCAAAUGAGAAUUGGCCGCAAGCUUGGAAAUUUAAUUCUCAGCUAAAAUUUGCACCUAAGAAUGUUUCCAAACGGACUCCAUGAGGAAGUCGCGACAAGGAAUUAAGACAAACCGAUAAUGAACAAAGUGUGCCUUACGUCACCUUACGCCACCCGGUGGCCGUGAACGUGCCAUAUUACCAUAGCAUUCCAUAUGUGGAUAUGUGUCUUACUGUGAAGUUGGGCCCAAUCAGGUUUGAGGAAUAACAUAUUUAGAAUAUCAGUAGACAGAUAUUGUAGGACAUUUGGAAAAUAGACUCUGACAUAAAAUGUGCAAUCUUUCAAAAAUGGAUAUUUGGCCUAAAACAAAAUGUAUAUGCAUAAGAUACUAAGUGAACCUACAUUAGGGUAGCUACAGAUCUGCCAAGUUUAGAAGUGAUUUGGCUUUAACACCUCUAAUUUGGAAGUGGCGCCGUUUCCUUGUCAGCUACUCUUUUUAAAAAAAAUUUUAUUUAUACGCUGCUCAGUCAGAUAAGUGUAUUCUUACUCAUUCAGUCACUGUACGUGUUCCAUCUUGGAUAAAAAUAUGAUGAAAAUAUCAGCUGUCCAUAACCCCCAGCAGUCACUCUGUUAACACAUAAAGCUCUCUGAACUUACUGUCAGGUCCUAGGAGUCCUUUGAGUGAUUUAAAAAUCUAAAACACUAAUAAUUGUUUUAUAAUAAAUUCUUAGAUUUAAGGGAUGGUUUUCUUUCCUCUUUUUCACAUAAAUGGAAUUUGGCCACUUUAGUGCUGCGCGUCCCACUGAGAUUUUUUUAUCUGAGCACAACCAAUGGGCUGCUGAUGGCUGCUGUGAAGUUUGGUUCAAAAAUCUGCUGUAGUAAAUGCCAGAAACUGAUAGACUAUGUAUAGAUAUAUAUUCAUACAAAAUUAAGCUCUACCUUUUUGUAAAAAUUUACAAUCAAUAUGUGAAUGGAAUUAUGAUUUUCCUCAUUUUGCUGUACUGUAGUGAGCCGGAAGAGGUUAACAUUGACAUUUUAAAAGCGGAGUUUGUAUCCUCUUUGAUGGGUUGAUUAUUCUAUUUUUUCUUUUGUAAAGUCCUUUUGGAAAAAAAAAAAACAAGAUGUCUUUUUAAUGUGUGUUUCGUUCCUUUUUAUGAGGGGGAAAACCCUUUCAUGAUUGAUUGUAUUUAAUAGAGUAGACUAAUGAAUUUUCAAGUCUUACAAGAUUGUGCUGAAUGAACUCAUGAGUCUGUAAAGUCCUUAAAAAAUAAAUAAAUACUUCGAUCUCUGUUUAAA